AUGAUGGCAUAUAUCUGGCACGCACCAUACCUGCUCUCGUACGCUGGCUUCAUCAUCACCCGAGCCAUCUACGAUGUCUCUGAGUCAAUGCUACUAGAGAUCCUCUGGCUGACAUUCGCAAUGGCCUGGGGAACCAUCAAAGUCUGGGACACACGCGCUGCAGCGUCAUGGAACUAUGACGGCUACAACUUUACUCUUAACCAGAAGAUUUCUGAGGAGAACUCAUGGGGUUUCGGUCAGACUUUACCGUUGAUCCUGCUUCUACUGCCACUUCUCUCUAUGGCACAGGCGUACCUUGACGACGACGCAAAGGCGCAAGAAGCGUCCCGCGUGAACGAAGAUACAUUGUCUCCGCUUGGAACAGCGGCGACCGAAGAGACGGAGGAUCCGAGCGCCGUCGACCCAGACCCAUUCGAUUCUGAGAACUGCCGUCGGCUCGUUAACCUUCCAACAUACCCCUACGAGAACUUCGCCUCGCACGACUGGUAUCACGAUCACCUAGUCCUUCUGGUCUCCCAGAUCAUCAUGGUCAGCACCGUCGCGCUUUUCUUUCUCACGCGCUUGGCAGACAUCUUCGGCAUCUCCUCCAUUCUACGCAGUAGACUCUUCGUCAUCUGGAUCCUAGCCAUCUUACCACUGGCGUCGUUCAUUCACCUGGCAGCAUGGUACUUUGCAGCUCUAGUGGUCGGUAAGUGGCCUGAUGUAGGGCGACGGUUGUCCAGAGAGAACGAAGAGAGGAGAGACCAGAGCCGGAGAGGGCAAGUGGUGCACUGGAUAUGGCGGGCGGGGCUCAUAGCAGGGUGCUUACUGUUCACGUUCUUUGUCAGUUUGGAAUCGGCUGGACCGAACUCGCUGUUCUCGUAUCUGAGAUGA